AUGUCAGAGCCACUGGUGCAGAUCACAUCCGGAUCUGUGAUAUCAUAUUUCCGGCUCUCCUUCGGUGCAACAACCGCCUUAGGCUUGGAUGUUUACUGUGUAACGCAUCGUUUCCCUCGAAGUCUAUGCCUCCUUGCUUGGACGCCUUUCGAAGCAAAUCAUGUGUGCCCACAACAUCCUUUCGAUCAGCCUCACUACUACCCAACCCUCAGCCCGGCCGGCAUACACAGUUCGUUGAUGCCCAAUCUGUUUCCUACGUUGCGGUGUCGUCAAGCUAAGCCCCUUCUGAGAACAAUUACGAGGUUAUGUCUCAUCUGUCCUGUAGACAUGGACCGAUCGAGUCACUAA